CGCAGGCAGUGGAAAAGCGGCACAGUGACACAACAAGGGUGAAAGUGGAGAGACAAUUUUCCGUAAAAGGCGUUACGUAGCCCAGCGAGGUUUUCAUGUUUAUUCCGCUAGAGAAAGAAGGGGCGGCCCCUGAUCUAGAAACAACCAACUCUGUCCCUUGUCCUCUCAUAUGGGUCUAACGGAGGAAACAGCCUACUAGAAUAGAACAGAGCUUUAGACUACUACAUUGUGAUAGCCUACAGUCCUGUCUGGAGCGAAGCUUUAGCACAAACUAAUAGAGUGAACACUACAAUAGAUCAGAGGAACAGCUCGAGCGCCAAGAUGCCCCUGGCACAGUUGCCAGAUCCCUGGCAGAAGAUGACACUGGGGCGGGCGACGAGCGAGGAUGCCCAUCGUCAUGUUCUGGAGGACUCUAUUGGAGAGGAUGAUUCUAUGUCCUGUAACGAGGACGAGAGUGUCAAUGAAAUCAACAUCACCAACCAUACCAAGGAGGGGUCAGAGAAGGGUGACCCUCGACAGUUCGAGCUCCGCAAGGUCCUAGGACAAGGCUCCUUCGGAAAGGUGUUCCUGGUCAAGAAGGCUACAGGUCCAGAUGCAGGACAGCUCUAUGCCAUGAAGGUUCUGAAGAAAGCCACACUGAAAGUGCGUGACAGGGUGAGGACUAAGAUGGAGAGAGACAUUCUGGUGGAGGUCAACCAUCCCUUCAUCGUUAAACUGCACUAUGCAUUCCAAACAGAAGGGAAACUCUACCUCAUCCUGGACUUCCUACGAGGAGGAGACCUCUUCACACGACUGUCUAAAGAGGUGAUGUUCACAGAGGAGGAUGUGAAGUUCUACCUGGCAGAGUUGGCCCUGGCGCUGGACCACCUUCACAGCCUGGGCAUCAUCUACAGAGACCUCAAACCAGAGAACAUUCUGCUAGACGAGGAGGGACACAUUAAGCUGACGGACUUCGGCCUCAGUAAGGAGUCUAUAGACCAUGAGAACAAGGCCUAUUCGUUUUGUGGGACAGUGGAGUACAUGGCUCCGGAGGUGGUCAACAGAAGAGGUCACACCACCAGCGCUGAUUGGUGGUCCUACGGCGUGCUCAUGUUUGAGAUGCUGACCGGAACACUACCAUUCCAGGGGAAAGACCGCAAGGAGACCAUGACCAUGAUCCUCAAGGCUAAGUUGGGGAUGCCGCAGUUUUUGAGUUCCGAAGCCCAGAGUCUCCUGAGGAACCUUUUCAAACGCAACCCUACUAACAGGCUAGGGGCCGGCCCAGACGGAGUGGAGGAGAUUAAAAGACACAACUUCUACUGCACCAUAGACUGGAACAAACUGUUCCGUAGAGAGCUCCACCCUCCCUUCAAACCUGCUACGGGACGACCUGACGACACCUUCUAUUUCGACCCAGAGUUCACCGCUAAAACACCCAAAGAUUCCCCGGGGGUUCCGCCCAGUGCCAACGCCCACCAGCUGUUCCGAGGAUUCAGCUUUGUAGCCAUUACAUCAGAGGAAGAGACACAACCACUACAGACUACUGUAGUACAGCAGCUACACAGGAAUAUGUCCCAGCUGUCAGAAGCAUAUGAAGUCAAGGAGGAAAUAGGACUGGGAUCAUACUCUGUCUGCAAACGCUGUAUACACAAGGCCACUGGCAUGGAGUACGCGGUUAAGAUCAUCAGUAAGGCCAACAGAGACCCAACAGAGGAGGUGGAGAUCCUAAUGAGAUACGGACAACAUCCCAACGUCAUCACACUAAAGGACGUGUUUGAUGACGGUAGGACAGUAUAUCUGGUCACAGAGCUCAUGAAGGGAGGAGAGCUGCUGGAUAAGAUACUGAGACAGAAGUUCUUCUCAGAGAGAGAAGCUAGCGCUGUCCUAUACACCAUCACCAAGACUGUUGAGUACCUACACAUACAGGGGGUGGUGCACAGGGACCUGAAGCCCAGUAAUAUCCUGUAUGUGGAUGAGAGUGGGAACGCUGAGUCCAUCAGGAUCUGUGACUUUGGUUUUGCCAAGCAGCUGAGAGCUGAGAACGGCCUGCUGAUGACGCCGUGCUACACAGCUAACUUUGUAGCUCCAGAGGUGUUGAAGAAGCAGGGUUAUGAUGCUGCCUGUGACAUCUGGAGUCUAGGAGUCCUACUCUACACUAUGCUCACAGGGUUCACUCCGUUUGCCAACGGUCCAGAGGACACACCAGAGGAGAUCCUGGCUCGGAUCGGCAGCGGGAAGUUCUCUCUGACUGGAGGAUACUGGAACUCUGUUUCAGCAGAGGCCAAGGAGCUGGUGUCUAAGAUGUUACACGUGGACCCCCACCAGCGUUUGACAGCCGGCCAGGUGUUGUGUCAUCCCUGGGUCACACACCGAGACCACCUGCCCAAGUUCACACUGACCAGACAGGACGCUCCACACCUGGUCAAGAGCGCCAUGGCAGCCACCUACUCUGCUCUCAACAGGAACGUUCCACCUGUCCUGGACCCCGUGGGAUGUUCCACUCUAGCCCAACGGAGGGGGGUGAAGAAACUCACCUCCAAUGCCCUCUGACCGUUGACAUUUCACCUCAGACUUAUAACCCUGCUGGAGCUCUGCUCAGACAGACAGACCUGGUUCCUCAGAUGACCUGGACAGAACUCUGAUGCACCUGGGACCCCCCUGACCCUGCUCAGUUAUUAACUAACCCAGUGGUCUUCACCCCUGGUGCUGGAGACCAGGGCUGGAACUACAGCCUAUAGCUCUGUUGGACCAGGGCUGGAACUACAGCCUAUAGCUCUGUUGGACCAGGGCUGGAACUACAGCCUAUAGCUCUGUUGGACCAGGGCUGGAACUACAGCCUAUAGCUCUGUUGGACCAGGGCUGGAACUACAGCCUAUAGCUCUGUUGGACCAGGGCUGGAACUACAGCCUAUAGCUCUGUUGGACCAGGGCUGGAACUACAGCCUAUAGCUCUGUUGGACCAGGGCUGGAACUACAGCCUAUAGCUCUGUUGGACCAGGGCUGAUGGUGACCACAUUGUAGCGUCUCUCCAGUCUUUGCUUUGGACAAUUCGUGUUGCCUCUAGACUCAAGAGACAAUUGUCAGGAACAUGAAUGUGCUGUAUUUAGAUGUCUGUACUUCUGGGAACAUUUGAGAUACCUGCAUUAUGCAUUUAAGACCCAUAUUAAAAUGAUGAUGAACUGUAUAAUGUAGCUCUGUGUAUAAACCUAAGUAGCCUCAAAGACAGUACAAUAUGAAGAUAGGCUAAAAAGGAUUCUCCAAUAGAAAUCCCAGACCACACUUUUCGGCAAUGUUGUGGCGAUGUUGGCUAGCUAAGCUCAUGCGUAGAAACACGUCAUCGGGUCUAACGGUCGUGUCAAAUCAAAGGCACUCCUUCCAUAUCAUUUUUUGGGAAAAUGUGUCCGUUAGUCAAUUUCACGAGGUUGGAGAAAUAACACGCUCAACUACUUAAGAAAUUGGAUCAAUUCUAGGUUGUGGAUUUAGAUUUUGAGAAAAUGAACAACUAAGGAAGAAUGUUUUACUUUUCUCAUUGACUUCACAACCCCCAAACCCUGGUCAGCUUGGUCUGUUUCGCAAGCGUUCACAGAUGUCUAACGAUGUUGUAUCUCUGGUAACCUCUUCUGUGACUGAGUCAUCAGACAGGGACAAAACUAGUGAUGUCAUCAGAGUGAGAGCAGGUAGAGCUCCACUGACAGAGUGCCACAGAGUGAGGCCAGUCUGGACCGAGGUCCAAUCAUGGCUUUGGUGGGCCAGUCUGGGUACAGCCUGCCCUGUCCACGCCACACCUCAACAUUUACAGACACCAAGGGAAACCUGAUCCUCGACCAGUGUUAGCAGUGGUUAUCUGGACAGCCAGUCUGUGUAUAUGUUGAUGCCUUCAAAUGCUCCUCAGGACUCCUCUGAACCUUGUGUUUCCCAGUUCUUAGGUACAUUUGAAAGCAGCAUGCUUGGAUGACGCCAUGAGGAGUCUGUGUCCGACACUGAACUGACACUACUGUUCCAGUACAGCAGCUCAGGUUUCUAGAUGAAAUACCAUGCAUUUUAUAAGUCCAUUAACUGUGUCAUGUAAGCACACAGGUGGGGUCGGAGAGGUCCAUGGAUGUAGAAAUGUGUGGAUAGAAGGGACAUAUGUUAUGCUGAAUUGAACCCUUUCAACCUGCCAUCUGGAAUGGCAUGACACAGUUGUGGAGGUAAUCCAGUAUGUUACUGUAUGGGCCAGCUGGCACCUGCUGACUUCUGGUCAAUCCCUUUAAAGCACUGUCUGUCUAAUUGAAUGAAAAAAUAUGUAGCUACAGUAUCAAUGACUUGUAGCAGUAGUAUUGAAUUAAUGAGCUGAUCCUGGAUCGGUGGACAACUCCUACCUAUUCGAUCGCUCUCCCUCGGCACUUCUGUAUGUGUUGUAACAAAGUCUUUCAGGUUCUGCUUGACUGGUAGCAGAGCUGUAAGCUUGUGUGUUUGAGAUGUCUAUAUGUUUUUUUCCCCUUCCAGUUUGAGAGUAGAUGAGAUGUAUUUUGUCUCUCCUUCCUCUGUCCCUAUCCAGUGGAGAUAGUGUCCCUUCCUCCACCCCUGCUGCUGUCUCCUCUCUCUGGUUUUCUAUCUCAGUGGAGUCACAGUAGGGCUUUGUAUUGAACAUAAUAAAAAUACCUUCAGUAUACAA